AUGCGAUUCUGUAUUGACGGGAGACAUUAUGCCGGCUCACAUAUAGACUUCAAGCUUUCUCGGAAACCUUUGACAGACUUUCCUGGAUGGGCGAGGCAUAUGCUGGGACAUAAUCAUGUGAGGGCCAUGUUGGACCGUGCGCAGGUGACACAAGUUAUCCAAGCAGCUGGAGAAUUGCGUUUUUACCAUGAUGUGAGAGGUAUAGUAGCUCUGCUUGCUCGUUGGUGUGUUCCUACUCGUACUUUUAUAUGUAGGUGGGGAGAAUUCACCAUUACUCUAGAGGAUGUGGUUGCUUUAAUGAAUCUUCCAGUCACGGGUAAUUUCCUAACAGCACUUUUGACAAAUGAUAAAGCGGUAUCUGAGAUCUUGAAAUCUAAGAUGCAUGCCAUUAACAAAUCAUCCAGCAAAACUUGUUAUGCCCAGUGGUUGAAGGAGUGGUGGCCGAGAGAUAGAACAACUGAGAUACAUGUGGAUGGUGUGUUAAGCAUUGCCACUUUCUUGUGUUUAUGGUUGUCCAAAGAUGUGUUUGAAGAUAGUGGGAAUUCGCUGAAACCAUUUGUGAUCCCUUUCUCUAUCAAGAUGGCUCAGGGUGAGAAACUUCCCGUUGGUAGUUUGUUUCUGGGUUCACUAUUCUCCAACCUAGAUUCCUUGGUUGUGGAUUCCAGCAUUUCCAAUGGUUUUAUGAAAAUUGAGAUAUAUGCCAACACAAUGUUUCUCCAAGCUUUGUUAUGGGAGUAUUUUGAAAAAUACGCCCCGAUUCCACGUAGCAUCUUGCAAAGACCGAAUGCUGACAUCCGUUAUGUUCUUUCUGAGAAGGAUAAUGCUAGAAUUAUGCGCUGGUAUACCAAAAAGCCUUGGGAAACUAUACGCUUCACCAGUGUCUUAGAUGAAAAGUAUGAGUUUAAAUUUCAUCCCUGGGUGUCGGUUCCUCAGUUCAUCUUACAGAUGAUCACCUUUAACAAUAGCGAAGUGAAUGUCAUUUUGGAGUCCGGUGCAAACCUGAAUGAUGGUGAGAGAUCCUUCAUACUGAGUUGUACCCCUGGUUACCUAGUAUCAGUAAUGCACGGGGAAUAUAUGGUGGAAGAAUAUAACAUUUGA